ACGAUUUCAGAGCAGAAGGAGCACUUGUGAUGAAUUACCAGCACAUUUUGGCCUUGCUCUUUGCAGUACGUGAGAUUAAUGAAGACCCUCAGCUCCUACCCAACACUACUUUAGGUUUCCACAUCUAUAGCAGUGAUUACAGUGAAAAAUUGAUCUAUCAGUCCACAAUGUUUUUAAUGUACACAUUUGAGAGAUUUUUCCCAAACUACAAGUGUGGUGUGCGAAACACAUUGGCUGCUGUAAUAGGAGGGCUGGAUUCAAUUAUUUCCUUUGAUAUGGCAAACAUCUUGGAUCUCUAUAAGGUAGCCCAGCUGACAUAUAGUCCUGCUGAAAUGAUGAAGGAUAAAACCCCAGGCCUUCCCUUCUACCAGAUGGUCCCUUCUGAAGCCCUUCAGAAUGAAGGUCUCCUCUCUUUACUUCUGCACUUUGGGUGGACCUGGAUUGGGCUUAUUGUAAUGGGCACUGAAAACGGAGAAAGAUUUGUGCAAACUGUGGUUCCAAUGUUUUAUCAGAAAGGUGUCUGCUUUGACUUCAUCAAAAGAAUCCCUACGCCAGAUUUUGCUGGUAACUUCCCUGACCUCCUGGAAGAAGGGCAGAAAAUCUAUGAUAAAAUUAUGGGAAGCACAGCCACAGUAAUAUUGGCCUAUGGAGAAUCUUACUCCUUCGCAACUUUCAGAUAUUUGUCCUAUGUAUCUGAUACAGAUGUGACAAAGAAAUCAAAGGGGAAAGUGUGGAUAAUUACAGCCCAAGUGGAACUCAGUUCAUACGUCUUCCAAAGAGAUUGGGAUGAAGAAAUAUUCCAUGGCGCUCUUGCUUUCAGGUUUCACUCCAGUCAUUUAUCAGGAUUCGAACAGUUUAUUCAAGACAGAAACCCUUUCAGCGCUACGGGAGAUGGUUUUAUCAAGGAUUUCUGGCAACAGGCCUUUGCUUGUUCCUUUCUAGACACUGAUCUGGGUGAGGAGGAGAGUCAUCUGUGCACAGGGGAAGAGAAACUGGAAGAUCUUCCUAUCCCGUACUUUGACACGAGCAUGACUGGCCACAGUUAUAGUAUCUACAAUGCUGUUCAUGCUGUUGCACAUGCUUUGCACGCCAUGUCCUCCUCUAAAUUGCAACAGAGAGCAUUUUUUAAUGGAGAGAAGCUGAAACAUAGGACUCAUCCCUUUCUGCAGCUCCAUCCCUUUCUCAGAGGUGUAUCAUUUAACAACAGUGUUGGAGACAAGAUUUCUUUUGACCAGCAUGGGAAGUUAGUUUCUGGGUAUGAUAUUAUCAAUAUGGUGACCCUGAGGAAGCCCAAUGUAAAAGUGGGAAGUGUGGAUCCUCAUGCACCUCUUGACCAAAGAUUCACCAUCAAUGGAACUGCCCUCAUAUGGAAUAGCUGGUUCAAUGAGACACAGCCCCUUUCUUUAUGCACAGAGAGAUGUCACCCAGGUUCUAGCAAGCAAGUAAAGGAGGGGAAGCCAUUUUGCUGCUACAAUUGCAUCACUUGCCCAGAUGGGAAGAUUUCUGAUCAGGCAGACCUGAAUGACUGUAACAGCUGCCCAGAUGAAAAGUACCCAAGCACGAAACGAGAUUCCUGUAUUCCAAAGGAGAUACAUUUUUUGUCUUAUGAGGAACCUUUGAGUGUUGGUUUAGCCUGUUUCUCUCUUUCCUUUUGUUUGAUCACAGCGCUGGUGUUGAGAACAUUUAUACAGCACCACAACACUCCCAUUGUCAAAGCCAACAACCGGAGCCUCUCCUACACUCUUCUCUUCUCCCUCCUCCUCUGCUUCCUUUCUGCACUGCUAUUCAUUGGGCAGCCUCGGAAAACGGUCUGUCUCCUCCGACAAACUGCUUUUGGCAUCGUCUUCUCCGUGGCUAUCUCUUGUGUGUUGGCCAAAACCAUCACCGUAGUUCUGGCCUUUGUAGCCACGAAACCAGGAUCCCAAGUGAGAAAAUGGAUGGGGAAACAUGUAGCCAAUUCUAUUGUUUCUUUCUCUUCCUUUAUUCAAAUAAGCAUUUGCACGGUGUGGGUGACAACAUCUCCUCCCUUCUCGGAUGUUGAUAUGCACUCAUUGCCGGGAGUAAUUGUCCUGCAAUGUAAUGAGGGGUCUGUUCUAAUGUUCUACACUGUGCUGGGUUAUAUGGGCUUCCUGGCCAUUGUCAGUUUCACCGUCGCCUUCUUUGCCAGGAAGUUGCCAGACAGUUUCAACGAAGCCAAAUUCAUCACUUUCAGCAUGUUGGUGUUUUGUAGUGUUUGGCUAUCCUUUGUGCCAGCUUACAUAAGCACCAAAGGGAAAUCCGUUGUGGUUGUGGAGAUCUUCUCUAUCUUAGCUUCCAGCGCCGGUCUACUGGUUUGCAUUUUUUCUCCAAAAUGUUACCUUAUUCUUUUGAGGCCUGAGCUGAACAACAAGGAGCAGUUAAUAAGAAGAAGGUUUGAUGAAAAGACCUUUACAGUCUCCACCUCACUUGUACUUUUCUAA